CCACAACCGAGUAGUGGGAACUUUGUUCACGUAUAUUAUUCUCCGUCGUGCUUUUCUCAAUCACUAAAUUACCACUGUUGCUGAACUCUUAUCUUUUUCCAAGCUACUACGAAAUUAACACGAAAUUGUACUGCCAGUCCUCAUCCUGACCAGAAAAGUAGCAAGGAGGACACAAAAGCAAGAAAGAUAAAGUUCAUCAGCAGUCAGUAGAAAAUCAUUAUUCGUCCAAUUAAAUUUUCCUAAAAAUUAUAAUGUGCUUUAAAAAAAAUACGUAAAUUUGAAAUUUAAGUGUACCUGGAAGUUAUUUAAUUUUAACAAAAUUUCAAGCGAGUUAUUAAUAAUAAUAAUAGUAAUCAGAAAAUAAGUAAAACUCCAAUAGCUUCGUGAUGGAUUUGGGGGAAGAAAUGGAUGAUCAGGACCAGGAGCCAGUAGACUUUUCCAGUCCUGAAAGUCCUGCGUCUCCAUUUUCUCCAGGGCCCUCAGUGGAAACGCCACUGCCUAUCUUAUCGUUCUACAACAAGUCAAUCACUGCAGAGAAGUUAGCAGAUUUAAGCGUCAGCGACUUGUAUGAAUAUUGGAUGCAAAAAUUUGAAAGUGGGCAACUCAAUGAACAAUCCACCCUGGAAAUGAUGAGAGAAUAUUGGAUAAAAAUUGUUCCUCAUGUGUAUAAACUGGAGGCUAAUCAAGACUGUCUGGCACCAUUUAAGGAAGCUGAAGAUAUGGUAGAAAAAUUCUUGAUUGAACCAUUAGCGUGGUUUUUAACUCAAAGUGAAUGUAGCUCAGAUUUCCUUACGCAGUAUCUUGCGGUGCGAGACAAUCCUCCUACUGUUUGCGGUCGAGUAUUUCAAGUGGGCGAAGCAACCUACUCUUGUCGACAAUGCGGAAUGGAUCCCACGUGUGUUCUUUGUGCUGAUUGUUUUAAAGACUCAGAGCAUAAGACUCACAAGUAUAAGAUAGCUACGUCUGCUGGAGGAGGAUACUGUGAUUGUGGUGAUCCAGAAGCAUGGCGAAGUCAUGUGCAUUGUAAAUCUCACACGCCAAAUCCUCACAAAUUCAAGGACGAUAAGAAUGAGCAGCAUGAGGGAUUCGAUAAAAGAGCCAGAUUGAUACUUCCCGCAUUACUUUUAUAUUCGUUUGAACUCACUGCUAACGAAUUAGAUCGUCACUUGCCGUCCUCCUUGACACUUCAUGAGGAUAAAAACGCUGAUGACCAAAUUGGAUAUCCCUUGUUUUGCACAGUCCUCUAUAAUGAUGAAACCCAUACUUUCGAUCUUGUCAUCCAAACCCUAACACGUGCUCUUCAAUGCAGUAAGAAAGAUGCGAUUGAAUUUGCAACCACCAUUGAUCGCGAGGGAAGAAGUAUUGUAAAAGUCGGUGGGUUUAAUCAAUGUCAUGAGGCUCAAAAAAUAAUCGAGCGAAAUACCGCUGGAAGGGGUCCCAACACAAAGUCAUUAAAAUGUUCUGUGGUAAAACGAGAGGUUGUUCAGCAUCAAGCGUUUGCUCUACGAUUACUCUCAUGGGUUGAAGUCCUAUGUACACAUAGUCUGUCGAUACGAACGAUAGUUCAAAACGUGUUCUAUUGCAAAGGGGAAGGGUUGGUUCUUUGCUCUGAUACGUCAAAGAAUGCGUGGCUCGUGGAUGCCGUUAUGUUAAAUGACACGAAAUUGUGGAAGGCUGCCCGCAGUUGUUGGCACAGGUUGAUUAUUGCUGGUCUUUUAAAAGAGUAUGAUUCAAAGAAGACGUUUGCGGAGGUGUUUACUCGGGAAUACGCUUCAACUAUGGAUGAUUUUAUUCGAGAUGACCACGAUCAUUCGUAUUCCGUCACUUCCUUAUCCGUCCAAAUUUUUACAGUACCUUCAAUUGCUCAUUUUCUUGUUGAAAACCAAGAUGUUAUUUACACUAUACUUCGUGUGCUGCUUGCACAAUGUGACUCAAGGGUUAAUGCAGCUGGUAAACUAGAGUUUGAUAGAGGUGCUGUCGUUGCUACAACAUCCUUCAAGCGGACCAAUUUCGCCAUCCUAGACUUGAAGUACAUUCUGACAAAUCCUCCCAUUUCUUGGUCUGCAUUAAUGGUCAAGAAUUUCACUAAUGGAAUUGACUCGUUUUUAAAGUUCUUGUCGUAUAUGCAGGAAAUGGAUUCUGUAACUCGACAAGUUGGACAGCACAUGGAAUACGAACCGGAGUGGGAGUCAGCUUUCAAUCUGCACAUAAAAUUACAGCCAGUGGUUCAGUUAUCAUUGGAAUGGUGUGGAUUAAAUAAGCCUGUGUUCAUACGUGCCUUCAGACAUUGUCUCCACGAUCUUUCAAAGGCUUACGAAGUUCUGAAAUCAAAGUCUACAACACUUGAACUUGCCAACCAUUCAGCUACUUGUUAUGUUUACGACGUUGCCACACAGCCUGUCUCUGUACACCUGCCAUUAACGAGAUAUUUUUCGGGAUUAUAUCUCCACUUGCAAGCAUUUGAGUUGGAUUUUUUCUCUUCAGAAUUUAACCUCACUGAAAAGCCGGUUCCAGAAAUGAUAAUGGAACCUGCACUGCGAACACAAGUGCUGAUUGCUCAGGUAAAUGCAUCAAUGUGGAAGCGAAAUGGAUAUGCCCUUCUGAACCAGCUUUACUUUUACCACAAUGUUCGUUGUCGGGCUGACAUGCUCGAUAAGGAUAUUAUUACCUUGCAAAUUUCUGCGUCUGUUAUUGAAAGCAAUGAAUUCCUAAUUCAUGUAAUUAAUCGAUUUGGAUUGUACCAAUGGAUCCUCACGGGAUUUGAUGAGAAGGCACUGAAACCAGAAGGUCAAGAAGAAGAUUUUAGCAAGUAUUUGGGUACCUUGACUGAGGAAUUCCUUGGUCUCUUAAUUACGCUGGUUUCUGCUCGAUUUACGCCGGGAGUUGGUCAAGUCGAAAGAGCCAAUACCAUUAAAAAGGAAGUUAUUCAACAACUCUGCAUCGAACCGAUGACUCACUCAAUGCUAAACAAAUCGCUUGUGGAAAAUGUGAAUUUAGAAACGGGUCUUGAACUUGUGAUACAUGAAGUAGCAAAUCAAAAAGGUCCCACCCCACAACGGUCAUCCGUUGUUUACGAACUAAAACCAGAGUUUUACGACGAUUAUGACGUGUACCACUACCAUUAUACAAGGGAAGAAAUGUCAAAGGCUGAAGAAAGUCAGCGAGCAAGGAAGAAGGCUGCCAAAGAGCCAGAAAUAUUUCCACCUCCAAAGUUGCCUCCGUUUACUCAGAUGUUCGAUAUGUUGGUCAACUUUUUACAAUGUGACAUAUUUUUACAUGUAAUUGGUCUGGUGCUAAACAAGAGUCUUCAAAAGUCGAAUCGUAACAUCAACGAAUCCUUAGUUCGGAAGGCACUGCAUCUACUUGGGCAUGGCCUUAAUGAAGAAAUUGCUCGGAAUAAGAGGGAAGCGGGACAUUACUUCCAAUUUACUCAUAAUGCAGCUCGUUGGAAUAUUUUUGAAAUUCUGGAUAAAAUGUUGCAAGAUUCGGCUUUAAAUCAUCAUCACAAGAUGAUUUUAUGGCUCCGCAAUCAGCACAGUGCAAUCAAGCCUGAUACAUUUGAGACUCAGGCACCCUUAGUUGCUCAACCCGAUGAAGAGGAGGAGAAGAAGCGAAAAGCAGAAUUAAUUAAGGAGGCGAAGGAAAAGAUGAUGGCUAAAAUGGCUGCAGCUCAGAAAAAAUUUAUGUUGGUGAACAAAGACUUAUUUUCUGAAGAAAAAAUUGGUGCUGAAUUUGGGGAGGACGAGUUGGGAAUCAAUUGCGAUACUGACAUGAACCCUGUAGAUACCAUUGGGGUUGGACCUCGCAAACAAAAUCCUACUCAUUUGCCAGAUGAAAAGUAUAUCUGCAUUUUGUGUCAAGAAGAACAAAACUUAGCAAUUGGAAAUAAGCGCUUCGUUUUAGCGUGUUUCAUCCAAAGAUCGACCAUGAUGUCACAAUAUAGAGACAAGUUAAUUGAAGAAUCCACAAAUGAAUAUCAGGGGACCAGACAAAACGAAAUUUCUGCAGUAGAAUUGAUUAACCCACUUUACCUCAAUCCCAACCUCAACACUUCCUCUGUAAUGACAACAUGUGGUCAUAUAAUGCACGAUCAUUGUUGGUCAAGCCAUAUGGACACGGUUGUGAACAAGGAACGUCGACGUCCAUAUCGGCUAAGACACCCACUUAGCUUUGAUGUCGACAAACUAGAGUGGUUAUGCCCAAUGUGUGAAAGUAUUUGCAAUGCUGCACUUCCCAUGGCCGUCCAUCUGUCAAGAAUGUAUAAUUUUUCGAGUGAUUCUGCUUCAGAACCGGAUAAAUACCAGACAGAACCUUCUGGCUCAUUUGAUGUUUGGAUGCAUGGGAUGCAGCUAGUGGUUCAGAACAAAGUCGUGUCAAAGAAGAUGACUGCAACUGAUGAGUAUGAUUCGUGGGCAAAAAUCCGUUAUGGGAGUUCCGACGAUAAUGUCAUGUUUGGCCUAACGUCAUCAUCAAAGACCUUAAUUGCUGGUACAAUGGAACCCGAUGACGGGGAGCAUUUCUUGAAACAUUGCCGAAGCCGUUCAUAUUUAGCCGAUAGUGAGCACACCGUAAACAAAUGGUUAUAUUCGGGAUUUCAUCCAAUCUUUACAACCUUUAUGAUUAGAAAUUAUAAUGCUGCACUAUGCAUUGAGUUGCCAAGAGAAGACGAUUUCCGGCUGCUACUUUCGAUAUGGAAUUGUCUUGCUUUCACCAUCGUGUCUUCGGAGGCGUUUCAUCGAGACCAGAAUCUACCCUUCUUUGGUGAUCAGGUUCCACUGCGACGAAAUAUUGGAAUCAAGUACUUAACAAGAGCUUGUGCCGUUAACUCUGAUCGUAAUGGGUAUUGGAUCGAGUACUCGAGAACGUUCGCAAUUAGGAUUCUUACCACAUUACUAAAUAAUCGGCAACAGGAUCCCACCUUGUUUGAGUGUGAUGCGUUUGGACUACUUGUGUAUCUUACGUUCUCGAUGCCAAGCUUGUUUGUUUAUCCUGAGAACGCAGGGGCGGAAGGCACAACGGAGGAAUCAUCUUGGACAGGGGAAUACUGUCAGCCUCCAUGUGGGAAUCUUAUUGAUCAUCACAUUCUCCGUCUGUUGUACAUGUAUCAUGUCACUCAAAUUCUGCUCUCCAUUGAUUUUUCGCAUUGUCUAAGAGAGCCUGAACAAGACAAAGUAGUAGAACCAACUCCUCCGUGUCCCAAUACUCCUAGUUCCGAAGAGCCAAUGGAAACUGACACAGAACCAAGUUCUUCUCAAUUUGUUUCGCGAAAAGAGUACAUCUUUGGCAGAAUUUGGCAAAGAGCAAAAAAAGAAAAUGUGCCAUGGGAUGAAAUGUCGAAAGUAGACUGCGACGCUGUUUGGAUAGCUGUGCAGCAGGCAUCUGUACCAUUUCUACGCUGUUGUGCCAAGUUUUAUGAAAGUCUGUCAGGAAUUGCUCCUCCACCAGAACUUGAGACUGUCGAUUCGUCAUUCGAUUAUUUAAUCAAGUAUUUAGAUUUACCAAAAGAAUUCGAAGCGUUGUUCGUAUCUUUAAUUGAUUGGCAAUUGCCGUACAAAUGGGCUAGUCAUCCUCGCACUCCUAAAAUUUUAGAAACGGUUUUGCCAGUUGAUGCCCGAAAAUAUCCUUUAGACCUUGGAGGAUUAAGUUAUGAGUAUCUCCCAAGAAUUUUGGUUGUGAAAUAUCCACGGAUGUUAUCAUCCUUAACCCCUUUACCUGAGGACUAUACUGAAUUGAUCAACAUGGUCUCUAAUUUUACUUGCAAAAACUCUAAAACUCUCGACUCUAGAACUCCAACAAUGUGUCUCGUCUGCGGAACUAUCCUUUGUUCGCAGAGCUAUUGCUGUCAACGAGAAAUAAAACCAAAUUUUGUAAUUGGAUCGUGUAUGUAUCACGCAAACUACUGCGGGGGUGGAUCCGGUAUCUAUCUACGAAUUAGAGAAUGCAAACUCUUUUUAACUCACGGUCAAAACAGAGGAUGCUUCUUGCCCCCACCUUACCUGGACGAGUAUGGAGAACCAGAUCAAGGACUUCGUCGUGGAAAUCCGUUAAAAUUGUCAAUAGAAAAAUACGAAGCGUUGCGCAAACUGUGGGUACAACAUGCUAUCCCUGAAGAAAUUGCUCGUACAACUGAACAUAGUGUCACUGCUGCGGGAACAGAGUGGCAAUACCUUUGAUUACGCUGACGUUAAACAUGUAGAAUCGUUUCCAUCCAACUACUACAACCCAUCGAUCGUCGCAUGUAGCUAUUAGUACUUAAUAGAUCACGUAUGAAGGUUCUGCAUUGCAUUAUUCAUUAUUUAAAUUAGUUCGCUUGAAUCUCCAAAUUCACAAUAAAUAACAAAAUCAGUGUUGUUGUCAGCUAACCUUUUUUCUCCAAAUUGCAAAUUUUCAUUCGCUUUAGUUAAGUUUAUCACAACGCACUGUGAUUUUUAAAUCAAAUGCAAUGAAACUAGUAUUGUAUAAAUUUUAACCAGUUUAAAUCAUGGAAGAGGAUAUUAAAUUUCUGGGCAUGUUUUAGGCACAAUCGCCUAGUUUUAAAUCUUUUAGUAUUAUUAUUGGUUUUAUCAUCAUUUAUUUAGUUGUAGUGUUUUUAUUUCAAAAUGAAAUAUGUAUCCCUCUCCUGAAAUUUCUCAUAAAAGGAUCCCCGAAACCAAGAAGACUGCUACAUUUUCAACCUUCUUAGUGUUAUCUGGCAGUAACAUUAUAAAACGGAAAUGUACUCUGUCGAGCUAUGAUUUCGUCGAACAUGUCGAAAAUACUCGUUUUAGGAAUGGAAAUAGAGUUACAUUUUCUAUGCGGAUACAGAAAAGGUGUGUGCUUGCAUGAAAUACAUAACUAAUAUGUACGGUAUGUAAUAAUAAAUUUUAACCUAUAAAGUUAUCACGUUGUGUGCUCUGCAUAAAUUGUUAUGCAAAAGUUUGAAAUACAAACAAACACUUACUGAUGCGCUGCUACAUUUUAUUGGGUACUCGAUUAUACGCACCGGCGAGAGUUCUAACCAUGAAUUUUGAUGAUAUUUAUUACUCUAUCUUGAAAGGAAUAGAAUUAAAUUAAAAAUGCAAUAUAGUUAGAUUUUAAAAAAAUACUUGGUAAAAAUGAGAAAUAUCAUAUGUUGGAAAAAAAUAUACGAAUCGGAAGUAACGCUUAUGUAAUAAACGGAUACAUACAUACG